UGUUCAAGCCGCUAUACCAUCAUUUUUUUUUUUCCUCGAGUGGAAACAAACAAAAUCAAACUUCAUUUGUCACAUAGUAGUACCAAUGACAAACUAACAAUGCGUGCGUGUCCCCAGGAAGUGUACAGAAAGGCGGAGCCCGCCAUUUCCGCCUCCGCCGCCGCAGUCGCAGACGCGUACCAGUUGUUCAGCGCGCCGCCCCCCAACCUGUACCCCAGCGUGGCGGCGGUGGGAUUCUCGGGCUUGCUCGGACUCUACUUGGCCCAAGGGUCGAAGGUGAAGCGCGUGGCGUUUCCGAUGGGCCUCGCGGCGCUCAGCGCCUCCGUGUUCUACCCUCAGCGGGCCGCCUCGCUCUUCAAGGUGAGCCAAGACUUGACGUGUGCGUGGGUUCAGCGCGGCUGCGUGGCCGUGGAGACGCUCUGGAAAGAUCCGCCGUUCGGCAAAAAGAAAUCUGACAAGACGGAGCGGCGGGAGAGCGGCAGCACGUCCGGCUGAAGCCAGAAAAGUCACGCGCGCUCACACACACUAAUUCUGACCAUCUAGAACCGUUAGUUGAAAUGAUUCAUUUGUUUUUGUUUCUAUUCAUUGUGCACAGCUACAUGUUGGAUUCUCACCACGCAACUCAGACUAACUGCGUGUUAACGUGUCUCAAAUGCAAAGACACACUUAUGGUAUCAUAUACAGUAAUAGUCCCACUAGGACAGACGGCAGUUGUGACACACAAGCAAUCAAAUGAUGCAUUUUAAUUGGCCCAUGUCAACAUGAGAAUGAAUUGUGCUGUAGAAAUUGUUUUAUAUAAUGUCACAAUAAAUAUAUCUUCACUGUAA